AUUUUUUACCACCACUAGUUUUUCUCCCGUUCGUGCGUAAAGGUGAUUCAUGAACGAACUGGAGGAGUAUCAGCGGACGUUUUUCAUUUCACUCACCAAACGGACUAAAGUGGAAAUGAAGUGGAUCGUUUAAGAAAGUGAAGAUUACUCGAUUUCCUUCAUCAGGAAACUUUGCUUUUUACGCACAGAAGCGUUGACAUCGGAUCGUUAACAAGUCGCCGGUGGGUUCUUGUGGCGGACACUUCGCUGUCUUCUGCGACUGACACACGGGUUUGAUGGAAACAUGACCGGAGCUGUGAACGGACCGGUGCCCCCGCACCUCCUCCUCCUCCUCCUCCUCCUCCUCCUGCUGCUCGUCUCACCGGUGCGUCUUUCCGCGCGGCCCGGGCAUCCAGCGCGCUGCUUCGGCCAAAUAGCGGAGAACUCUCCGGCCGGGACGCCGGUGGACGGGGUGACGCUGCCUCUGGAAACCGGCGGCUGCCCCGGUGCGGACUUCGGUGCCAGCCUGCUGGGGGAUUACGCGUCGGAUUUUAAGCUCGUUCACCGCCGCGGACACCGGGACCACCGGGGGGGACAUCUGGGUCUGGUCUCCACCAAAGCGCUGGACCGGGAGUUUAUAGCGAUGUACGAGCUGCGGGUGCAGCUGCCGCCGCCGUGUCCGGGGACACCGACCGCCAUUCAGGUGGAGGUGUCUGACAGGAACGACAACAUCCCCCGGUUCACCGGCGGGAACGUGACGGUUGACGUGGACGAGCUGACGCCGCUCGGUGCCGAGGUGGCCCGCUUUGACGCGAAGGACAGCGACGCGGAGCGGAACGGACGCGUCACCUUUUACGCGUCGCCGGAGUCUCACCUGCUGCACGUGGUUCCCCUGAGCGGCCAGGUGAGGCUGGUCGGGUCCCUCCGGGGGCACCGCCGGGUGACCCUGCGGCUCUUCGUGAGGGACGGCGGGGACGUGACGCUGAUCGGUGAGCCGGUGUUCCUGCGCGUCGACGUCCGGCGCCACGGGCAGCGGCGAAGGCCCCGCGCUCUGUCCGAGGAGCUGACCUACACGGUGACCGUCCCGGACCACGUCCGAGUCGGGGACCUGGUGUUCACGGUGCCGGACCAGAGGUUCGAGCAGCGGUGGUUCGAGGUGAUGUCGGAGGCGCACUCGCCGGUCCAGAUCGAGCGGGACUCAGGGCGCCUGUACCUGGCGCGCGACCUGUGGGAGCCCGCCGACGUGACGGUGAAGAUCCAGAACCGCCGAGGUGACGAGUGGUACCUGUGCAGGCUGACGCUGAGCAUGCCCAGUCAGGCCAACCUGCGGUGGGCCAUGUUCCCCUCGCCCUACCUGGCCGCCGUGGGUCCCGACGCCACGCCGGGCUCAGUGGUGUACCGCCUGUCGGCACGGCAACGGGACGGGACGCAGGGACAGGCGCAGUUCCUCCUACUGGACAGUGGUGACGAGUGCUUCGAGUUGGACCGGCGUUCCGGCGAGAUCCGCACCACGGGACGACCUCUGACCCCCAGCAAGGAGUACCUGCUGCGGGUGCAGGCGGCCGACGAACACGGACGCAAGGGCGCCUCGGCCACCGUGGCCGUCCUGGCCGGCUACCGGCCGCCGCAGUUCACCAACGCCACCUACAGCCUGAACGUGGCGGAGAACACGCCCGUGGGUCGAGCCGUUGCCGUGGUGCAGGCCGUGUCCUUCCAGAGGAAGAGUCUAUCCUACAUGCUGCUGGUGAAUCCCGGGAAUCUGUUCAGCAUCAACCAGGAGAGCGGCGCGCUCGGCCUCACGCGCGGCGUGGACCACGAGAGCGGACACAACCUCCACACGUUGCAGGCCCGCGCCUCCGAACCCGACACGGGCCUCAGCAGCGUGGCAGAGGUUGUCGUGCAAAUAACGGACGAGAACGACUGCACGCCCGAGUUCCUCCACGCGAUCUACACCAGAGACAACGUACCUGAGAGUGUCGCACCUGGAACCUCCCUGCUGCAAGUUCUGGCCCGCGACUGUGACUCCGGCGUGAACUCCGAGCUCUCCUACUUCGUCCACGGCGGCGGCGACUUUGACAUCACGUCGGGAGGCGUGGUCAGCCCCGCCUGCCGCCUGGACUACGAGCGGCCCAAUCACGCCUACGAGUUCGUGGUGGUGGCCGUGGACGCGGGCUCGCCGCCCCGCACGGGCACCGCCUCCGUCCGCGUCCGGGUGUCCAACAGCAACGACGAGGCGCCCGUCUUCUCGCAGAGCGUUUACAGAACCUUCCUCAGCGAGGACGCAGGUCCCGACACACUGGUCGCCAUCGUCCACGCCAACGACCCCGACGGAGACGGCGUCUCCUACGCCAUCACCGGCGGCAACGAGGACAGCAACUUCCUGCUGGACAACCAGAAAGGCAUCAUCAAGCUGCGGCGGAGUCCUCCUCCCAGGCUGCGGGGGCCUCAGUACGUCCUCAACAUCACCGCCACGGACGACAACGCGUCCGGCGGACCGCACCCGCUCAGCAGCUCCACCCAGGUCAUCGUGGGAAUCAACGACAUCAACAACAACAAGCCGGUUUUCCAGGAGUGUCAGAACUACAGUCUGAACGCUGCCGUCCUGGAGAACCAGCCCCCGGGGACGUUGGUGCUGCGCGUCCAGGCCCACGACGCGGACAUGGGGGUCAACGGAGAGGUCAGAUAUGGCAUCAUGCACCGAGACGGAGUCUCGUCCGGAUUCGACAUCGAUGCCGACACUGGCGUGAUCACCACGACAGUGAGCUUCGAUCGCGAGCGCCAGAGGGAGUUCACGCUGUCGGUGACAGCCACAGAUCAGGCCGAGGAGCCGCUCAUCGGGAUCUGUCAGAUCACCGUGCUCGUCGCCGACCAGAACGACAACGACCCCAAAUUCGAAAACAGCCGCUACCAGUAUUUCCUGCGAGAGGACACUCCGGUCGGGACUAGUUUCCUGCGAGCAGCGGCGCACGACGACGACCAGGGGAGCAACGCGGCCAUCACCUACUCGCUGUCCAAUCAGAGGCCAGCGUACCUGCACAUCAACCCCAGCACUGGGUGGAUUUACGUCAACCACCCCAUCUCACAGACGUCCAGGAUCAGCCGGCAGAUCGUGGCCUCGGACGGGGGGAACCGCAGCAGCUCCGUGGAGCUGACCGUCAUCAUCACCAACGUGCACAACCAGCCGCCGCACUGGGAGCAGACCGAGUACUGGGUCACCGUGCCGGAGAACACCGUCCGAGACGCCCAGAUCGUGACCGUCAAGGCGACGUCGCCGCUCGGUGACCCCCGGGUGACCUACAACCUGGAGGAGGGUCAGGUGCCGGAGACCAACAUGCCGGUGCGGUUCUACAUCAAGCCCAAGCGGGCGGACGGCUCGGCGUCCAUCCUGGUGGCCGAGAACCUCGACUACGAGGCGACGCGCUUCUUCACGCUCCGCGUGCGGGUGCAGAACGUCGCCGCCGUGCCGCUCGCCUCCUUCACCACCGUCUACGUCAACGUGACGGACGUGAACGACAACGUUCCUUUCUUCCUGUCGUCCACGUACGAGGCCACGGUGCCCGAGGGAGCCGAGGUCGGCGCGUCGGUGGCUCAGGUGUCGGCCACAGAUCUGGACUCUGGUCAGCACGGGAUGGUCCACUACGUGAUCCUCCGGGACGAGAGCGGCGACUCGCAGCUCUUCAGCAUCGACUCGCGCAGCGGCGUCAUCGCCACCCGCGCCUCGUUCGACCGCGAGCAGAAAGCUUCGUACCUGAUCGAGGUGCAGUCGCAGGACGGCUCCGAGUCGGCGCGGCCGGGCCAACAGGGACAGCCCAACACCGACACGGCGUACGUCAGGAUCUUCGUCACCGACGUCAACGACAACGCGCCGGCGUUCGCCCGGCCGGUGUACGAGGUGAGCGUGGCGGAGGACGAGGAGGUCGGCUUCGUCCUCAUCACCGUCACCGCCAACGACGAGGAUGAAGGUGCCAACGCCAAGCUGCGUUAUCAGAUCACUUCGGGCAACGCCAUGGGCACCUUCGACGUGGAGCCCGAGGUGGGCACCAUCUACGUGGCCCAGCCGCUGGACUACGAGACGGAGCGGCGCUACGAGCUGCGGCUCGUCGCCUCCGACGGGAAGUGGGAGAACGAGACGCUGGUGGUGGUGCAUGUGGUCAACCGCAACGACGAGGCGCCCGUCUUCGGCCAGACCGAGUACCAUGCCGCCGUGACGGAGGAGCUCACCCAGCUGCCGGUUUUCAUCCUGGAGGUGUCCGCCACAGAUCCAGACCAAGAAGCCGACCAAACCGCAGUUCGUUACUCUCUCCAUGGCCAAGGCGCCGGUGGUGAAUUCACAAUCGACGAGCGCACGGGAAGAAUCUAUGCCCAACGGCGUCUGGACCGCGAGGAACGUCCGGCCUGGAGAUUCCUCGUCCUCGCCACAGACGAGGGAGGCGCUGGGCUCACAGGAUUCGCCGACGUGCUGUUGGAAGUCCAAGAUGUCAACGACAACGCGCCCUUCUUCCCGUGUCCCGCACUGCAAGUAGAUGGAUGUUUUGUCGGGCAAGUGCCCGAGAACUCCGCCGCCGACACAUCCGUCAUGGAGAUGCGUGCCAUGGACCUGGACGACCCCAACGAGGGCAAGAACGCUAUGCUGACUUACAGCAUCCUCAAGAACGUCCGCAAUGAGAUCAAUCUCAACCUGUUCUCCAUCAACGCCACCACGGGGACCAUCUACACGGUGCUGCGUUCCCUGGACCGAGAGGCGGAGGACCGGUAUCUGGUGGUGGUGGAGGCCAGGGAUGGCGGGGGGUUAGCGGGGACAGGGACAGCUACCAUCAUGGUUUCAGAUGUCAACGAUCACCCACCUAUCUUCACUCAGAGGGUCUACACCGCUCAGGUGACGGAGGACCUGGAGGUGAACAGCGAGGUUCUCGUAGUUUCUGCCACGGACGGAGAUGAGGGCGAAAACGCUGUUGUAACCUUCAGCAUCGUUGGAGGUGACGACGACAGGAAGUUCUUGGUGGAGACGGACAAAGUCAACAGACGUGGUGUGAUAAAACUGAAGAAGAAGGUCGACUUUGAGAAACCCCGUGAAAGGACGUUUAAUCUGACCCUGAAGGCCGAGGACGCGGAUUUCUUCAGUCUGGCCUUCUGUCUCGUUCAGGUGGAAGACUACAACGACCACGCCCCCGUCUUCUUUCCACAGUUCUACGAGUCGCCGGCCAUGUCCGAAGACGUACCUGUGGGGACUAUUAUCACUCAGGUUACCGCCACUGACCUAGACUCAGGCCAAAAUGGACGUUUCUCUUACAGAAUUUUCAAGGAGUCUGACCCUUACGGCCAGUUCCUGGUGGACCAGUCCGGUUGGGUGGUCGUGGCCGAUUCGCUGGACAGGGAGAAAAUCUCACAGCACAGGAUCAUGGUCCUCGCCACAGAUGCUGGGAGUCCGCCCUUGACCGGCACUGCCAUCGUGAUGGUGACUGUACUCGAUGUCAACGACAAUGGGCCGGAGUUCGAGGUUCCCUAUGAACCUGUUGUCUGGGAGAACAUGGCGGCACCGCAGGCGGUGCGAAUGAACGCAACUUCCUUCCUCCUGCACGCCACCGACCGCGACACCUCCACCAACGGCGCGCCGUUCUCCAUACGGCUCCUCAUGCUCACCUCGGACGCCACCAACUUCAAUUUGACCGACUUUCGGAACGGCAGCGCUGCCAUCACGGCCCUGCGGACCUUCGAUCGUGAGCGGCAGAAAGAGUACCGCCUCCCGAUUCUCAUGAUUGACAGCGGCUCUCCCCCAAUGAGCUCCACCGGCACGCUGACAGUCGUCAUUGGGGACAGGAACGACCACCCCCACUCUCCGGGACACACGGACUUCAUCGUGUACAGUUUUGAGGGUAUCCUCCCGACGACGGUGCUCGGACAGGUUCCGUCCCCCGACCUCGACGACUGGAGUGAGAAGUCGUACCGGUUCGAGGGCAAACCAUCCAGGUUGUUUAGUCUGAACCAGAGCUCGGGUCAGCUGAGCGUCAGGGAGGCCACGCCUCCGGGCUCGUACCGCCUGCAGGUGCGCGUGUCCGACCGCACCUGGCCCGACGUGACCUCCACGGUCCGGGUCGACGUCGCAGAGCUGCAGCAGGAGGCCCUGCGGAACGCCGCCUCCGUCCGCCUGUCCAACCUGACAGUGGAGGAGUUCUUCGGCAGCAUCCGAGGCGAGGAGAGUCCUUUUUCCCGUCUGGGUCGAGCGUUGGCGGAACUCGUGCAGACGUCAGCGGAGAAGGUGCAGAUCUUCUCUGUGGGCGACGCCGGCCGACGGGGCGAGAAGGAGCUGAACGUCUGGUUUGCCGCUCGCGGCUCGCCGUACUACAAGGCGGAGAAGCUGCACGGCUACGUGGCGGCAAACAAAGCCAGGCUGGAGGCCACGUUGGGCGUGUCCAUCUCCCAGGUGGGCGUUGACAACUGUCCGCACACGGACUGCAGUCUGUCCGGAGGCUGCAACAGCCGGGUCUCAUUCAGCCAGGCCCCGGCGGCUCUCAGCUCCGGUAACACCUCCCUGGUGUCACUGCAGGCCACGUCCACGGCACAGUGCGGCUGCCGGGGCCGAGAGGCCGUCCACCUGCCCUGCUCCGCUUACCCCACCAACCCCUGCCUGAACGGGGGCACCUGCCAGGACGGUGCACUGGGAUACCGGUGUCAGUGUCCUCCCAUGUUCGACGGCCCCGAGUGCCAGCAGACCAAGCACAGCUUCGGCGGCCAAGGCUACGCCUGGUUCCCUCCCAUCAUGCCUUGUUUCCAGAGCCACAUCUCUCUGGAGUUCCUGGCCGAGUCGGCCAAUGGGCUGCUCCUCUACAACGGACCUGUCGGCCCCGCCCACUCCGAGGAGCAGGAGGACUUCAUCGCCAUAGAGCUGAGGAACGGGGUUCCAGCUCUGAGCAUAAACCACGGAUCGGGAACGCUGACGCUGCAGCUCCCUCCCACGUCCACCGCCACCGACCGCCACUGGCAUCGGCUCGACGUCAUCAGUGACGGGAAGGCCGUCCAGCUGAUUCUGGACCAGUGUGGGGGGGUGGCGGUGAACGAGCUGGAGGGCGUCGGAGGUGACGCUCAGGAGGUGGACGAGUCUGGCUGCAGAGCUGCAGGAGAGACGCCCGGCAACCAGAGGUAUCUGAACGUGUUCCAGCCUCUCCAGUUGGGCGGGUUGAAGGAAACGUCCCCUCACAGACGUUACCGCAGUUUCACCGGCUGCAUCCGCAACCUGGUGGUGGACAGUCAGGUGUACGACCUGGCGUCUCCGGGUGAGAGUGUGGACAGCGCCCCGGGCUGCAGGCUCACAGACGGGGUGUGUGUGACGGCGGCGGGCCCCUCCUGCGGCGUACACGCCUCCUGCCUCGCCGACUGGGGCUCCUUCAGCUGCGAGUGCCGCCCGGGAUACACCGGACACAAGUGUGACGGCGUCGUCCCAGAGUUUUCCUUCGACUCGGGCAGCGUCGUGCGAUACCAGCUCAGAGGAGGCGGCAGCUCGCGUCGCACCAACAUCCAGCUGCUCCUGCGGACCAGAGCAGCCUCGGGCACCCUGCUCUCCGUGACGUCCCGGGAAGCCAACGAGUACAUGGUCCUGGAGAUUACGGACGGUCACCUCUCUGUUCGCGCCGACCUCGGCGCCGGCGCCGGCGCCCUGCAGCUCCCCGGUCAGCGGGUGGACAUCGGGCAGUGGGUGCUGGUCAGCCUCAGCCGCCACGACAACCUGUUUGCCCUGCGGCUGGAGCAGGGCGGGGGGUCGCGGGAGGUCCAGGCCCGGCUGGGGAGCCGGAGGGAGCUCGUGGUCCACCCGGCAAGCGUGACGGUCGGCAACGGACCAAACGCCGGAGACGACGCCGACUUCCAGGGCUGCCUGCGGGACGUCCGUUUCAACGGUCAGGUCCUCCCUCUGGACGGGCGGAGCCGGGACCUGGUGUCGGUGCUGGAGAGGCGGGGCGUCACCCCGGGCUGCUCCAGCGACGCCUGCGGCGGCCGACCCUGCCGCAGCCCGCUGCUCUGCAUCGACCUGUGGAGGAAACACCAGUGCAGGUGUCCCGCCGGUCAGGUGACCGUCACCGAGGAGUCGGGUCAGCAGCGCUGCGAGCCGUCGCCCUGCGGAGUCUCUUCCUGCCGCAACGGCGGCACCUGCCAGCCGCUGUCGCCGGACAGCUACCGGUGCCGCUGUCAGGAGGGGUUCAGGGGUCAGCGCUGCGAGCUGGGGCAGGUCAAAGGUCACCGGCUGGCCGCCCUCAGUCCCAGCUCCAUCCUGGCCAUCAGCAUGUGUCUGCUCGUCUUCUUCGCGGUGCUGGUGGCGGUGACGGUGUGGAACCAGAAAGGCAGUCGCAACAAGUUCAGGAAGCGCGGCGUUUACCACAUCCCCGCUGAACACGCGAGCUGGGAGGACAUCCGAGAAAAUAUCCUGAACUACAACGAGGAGGGAGGUGGCGAGCAGGACCAGAACGGGUAUGACAUCACGGAGCUGAAGCGCCCACUGUGCUCCAGUCUGUCCCAGUCCUCGUCCUGCACCACCGCCCCGCUCAUCAAGUCCUCGCCCGGCUCCCAGGAGGAGGUUCACCCGUCCGGCUCCUCCUGCAGCUCAGGCGCCCCCUACCUCAGCAUCCCGCACCACAACCACCACCUACACCACCAGCAGCAGCGCGCCGCUGCCGGCUACACCGGCGACGCCACCUACGCCAACUACGCCGCUCACGUGGGCGGCGACAUGGAGGCGAGCGAGGCGGGCAGCUACGCCGCUCGGCCGGGGUCACGCUCCCGCGUGGACUUCAAGAGCUACGUGGCGCGAAUCAUCUGGGAGGCGGACAACGACGGCGAGGCGCUGCCGCCGGAUGCCUACCAUGUCUGGUGCGUGGAGGGUGAGGGCUCCUCGGCGGGAAGCCUCAGCUCGCUGGGGUCGGCCGCGUCGCGCGCAAACGUGGACGCAGGCCGCGGCGGCAAUGAGGAGGAGGAAGACGAGGACGACGGAGGGUUCGUUUGCGACAGGCUGUCGCGAUGGGGCCCGAAGUUCGGAGCUCUGAGCGAGAUGUACGACCGGCCGCGUCUCGGCCUCUCGUACCAGGACGCCAUGAUCUACAUACAGAGGAGCCACAGUCACGACCCGCUGCCCCAACACCACUAGGGGGCGUUACACAACCACACACACACACACACACACACACACACACACAAGGGUGGGGGGGGGCACUGUGCUGCGUUCACGUCCAAUCAGAAAACAGAGGAUAUGGUUAAAAAUCAAUAUCGACAACAUUCAAGAGGAUAUUUUUGUGAUGAUUUUACAUGUUAUGACGUCAUCAGGAUGAGCCCUCGGCUGACAAACUGUAUUUGUUUCUUUUGUUAAAUGUGAUUUUUUAUUUUUACGGACGUGCACGAGGUCACGAGUCGUAUGAACUGUAAUAACACACUGAUUUGCAGUUUUUAUGAGUUAACCAAAGUGACUGGUUUAGAGAAUUGUGGAGGGGGGCGGGGCUUAUGACCUUUAGUGCAGCCGGCCACCAGGGGGCGAUCGUGGUGAUCUGGCUUGUUGGGAGCCGUCGUGUCGUCCAUUGACAUUGUCCAACAUUCUGCCAAAGUGUGUAGAAACGUCGGAAAUCAAUUUAAAAAGAGACGUUCGGCAGAAAGAGAAAGCACAGAGGGAAAAUCUUCUUCUUGUUCCAGGAAAAAUGUCACAAAACUAUUUAUUUUUUUUGCUUUUACUCGUAUUUAUUAUUUUUACUUUGGCAGCUUGUGGCUGGACAGACGACGACCUCGAUGAGAAUUCGCAGGUCGUCUUUAAUCUUUUCAUUUUCUCAGACGUUUUCCACAGAUGAGCUCCGUCACCAGCCUCCGUCCCUCUGUUCCACUUCCUGUUGCACUGAUGGACGAUCUCAGCAGGUCAAACGCUUUGUAACCAAACGUGUUCCCGUCACGUGAUUAUCUCUAUGUUUUUUCAGAUAGAGAGAUUAUCCCUUUUUACUUCCUUGUAGAAACUUCCCAGAAUCCUCUCUGGUCCUCUUGUUGCUGCCGGGGGUCAACGCGCCACGCGGCGUCUGAAUUAGUUAAUGACCAAACUGUUGAAGGAGCACAAAAACGUCCGUCAGAGUCUAUGUGAUGACGUCAAAUUAACAUUUUAACACAGGAAAUGGGAAGUUCAGGUUGUAAUACAUCAGACCUUGCCUUGACCUUUUGUUAAUGUUUGGCUACUCUUGAAAAUCUGAUUUGGCUCCUAUUGUCACGUUUCUCCUGGAAUUCUGAAGAUGGCGGACAAUCGACGCGACGCUCCGUGGAGUCCACCGUCUUUCUACGGGAGCCCUGAGCGGACAAACCAAACAAAGAGGGGCCGUACAGAAUGUCUUCAUGUCACCGUAGCAUCUGAAACCUCACCACCAGAUGUCACUCAACCCCGCCCACUGACCGGAGAACGUUUGGUUCCAUCUUUUUCAAAAUGUUGUGCUCAUUCAAUAGUUUGUUCUUUGAAAGCAUCAGAUUUGUUGCCAUGGCGAGAGAAGAGUUUCUCAGAGCUUCUCCACCUGACGCGGAUACUUUACUUCACUGGCUUUUCAAACCGCCGAAUCAUUUAUUUUGUGUUGAAGAUGUGAAAGUGUUUGUUGAACCUGCGGCGUCGAGUCCCAGCAGCCUACCUCUCGCCCACGUACGUCGUCACAGCAGCGCCUGAUGAAUGUAGUUUUAUAAAAAAAAUUAAAAAUAAUAAAACGUAGAGGGGAGUUUCUCAGCAAGCAAAGAUACAAUCAGACAUUAUUUCUAGACUUCCUGGGAUGAAGGUGACUCUGAUGCUGCGUUCACACCAUCUGCUCUCUCAAAUGAUUUGCGUCGCGUGCGGUGUGAACACAGCGUCACAGGAAGAAGUGCGUAAAUCAAUCCUGGAGAAACAUUUUUUAUCCCGAUUCUAUGACACAUUCAGUUGUUGGUGCAGUUCCUUUCUCUUGUGCCAAAAUAAAAUAAAAAGAAGCUUAGCAUCCAAAUGAAACACGAGCUGAUGUGAAGAUCCAGAUGUUGCGUCUGACCUGCGCCCGCCGCUCGGUGCCACGUCUCUUCCUGUUUGUUGUGUUUUUGAAGCAGUUUGAUGACGGAAUGUGUAAAGUUGCGUCUGCACCACGUGAUGUACAUAUGAAUGUUUUAUAGCAGCCCGAUACAAAAUAUUCCUUUUGUAUAUGACUUUUAAUAAAAAAAAUACUUUUCCCCUAAAA